GAGUUGCAUUGCAUUGCUGCGCAGAAGCACGCAGUGCCAAUCCACGCGAAGCUUCUUGCGUUCAUGAAAUGCAUAAAACGCGGCAGAAUUAGUCCUUUAUAUGUCACUACACACUGUAGCGUCCUGGGAAAAAGGUUCGGAUAAGCACGUGUUGUGUUGUGUGAUAAGUAUCCCUCUAGCAUGAAUGUAAAUUGUCACUGUUUAUUCACUAGAGCGUUAACAGUUCACACGACUGAAGCUUGUCAUACUGUUUUAAAAUCGUUCCCGGUUUGAAUAACCACAACAAAAGUGUCUCAACAGUGUUUCUUAUUUAGUGCGUUUAUACGCUUAUUUUUAAGCAUGCAUUUAUUAAACGUCUCUGCUAACACAUUUUAUUCAUCGCACCGUAAAGUCUGAUCGUGUGUGAUUGCAUUGUUUAUGUGUUGUCGAUAACACAUCGUCCCAGCACUGUGUCUUUAGCGAAAUUAGUGACAGUUUGUGCCUGAAAAGUAGCAUGUCACUAUGGUGCACUACACUAUAUUGCUUUCUGUGCGUGUGUGAGUGUUUUAUCACUCAUUGGAUUAGGCCACAAGAAGAGGCUGAAGACGUUGGUUCCUCUCCCGUCGGCUGCUACACAUCGUCAACAAACGUGUCUGCAAGCAUAUCCGACAGACGUCCACUCGACAGCUCGUCACCUCCCCUGGCGCCUUCCACCUCACCGUAGUCCGACUGCAGGCUCGACAGUGAAAUGGUUUCAGUGUCUGAGCACAGUGGACUGUGCCACGCGGGAGAAGGCGCUGCAGUGUGGCGUACGAGCAUUGACGACUUGCCUGAGGAGAUACUGAUAAAGAUCUUCUCUCACUUGUCUUUCACUGAGCUAGUGGACGUGGUACGGAAAGUGUGCCGUCGUUGGAGAAAGCUGUCGCGAGAUUUGAGGUUGUGGGCUGACAAGGAAUACCAUGUCGAGGUCUCGAGGCACUGCAACUCGUAGAACUGUAAGAGCGGCAGGACCGAGCGGGAGGCGAUGCGUUUCUUCCGCAGUGCCCGAAACCUGCGUAAAGUACACAAGUGGUGCACCGUCAGCCCCCACGUCAUCGACGUGCUCUGCGACAAAUGCCGGAGACUCGCAGAUCUCCGCCUGCACGCCGCCCAGAAGCUCGGCUAUUCGACGGUGAAGAACUCGGUCGAGCAGUGCUCCGGGAUACACGUGCUGACGGCACCCGACGAGCUGCUGAAGACCGAGAAAUUUUCAGAGGCGGUGUCGCGUCUGCAGCACCUUCGUGUGCUGUGUCUGCAAGAGAGAUACGUGGGGACGACUUGCGUCCUGCGUCCUUGUGUGCUGAGACCUUUGGGUGACGGGUGCCCCCGACUGGUCGAGAUUGACUUCGGAUGUAUGUCUGUCGAUACGGAUGAUCUGAAGUACUUUCUGAAUGCCAAGAAGAACACCCUAAAGUGCUUACGAAUAAAGUGGUCGGUGGGUGGAACGAGGAAUGGAGGACUGCCACAACUGAAAGUGCUGGAUCUACCACACGGAUACGGUGUGGAAGAUAACACAGUAAUUGCCAUCAGCCACGGAUGUCCCGGUUUGCGGCAGCUCUCCGUCACUCACGCUACGAAGCUGUUGCCUGCUGCCUUCUCGGAGAUCGACCGUCUAGAACAUCUUGAAAUACUAGAUGUGACAGGUUGUAGCAGACUCGGCGGAGGCCUAUUCCCCUGCCUCGUCGGGCUACCGCGACUUCACACGUUGCGAAUGGGUACCGUGUAUUUCGGUACCACGUAUUUUACAGAGUUGCAGCCAGGUGUGAGCAGCAUCCUCAAAUUGUCAGGUUUGCGCUGUCUGACAUUCGAUUAUUCGGAUGUUACUGGAGUGCCUUUUGAUAAGUUUCCGGAGAAUCUCAUCAGUCUCAGGGAGCUGAGUGUCGAAGGGUGCCGAGGUGACCCCAGAGCCACAGACGGGCUGACCGAGCAGAUGCCCAAUCUCGUAAUCCGCGGCACGGUCCACGCUGAGCUACAGCCUUUCUACUUCGAGGCACUCGAGGAGGUAGGGCCCGGCGAAGCAGACGAAGCGGUGGACGACCGUUCGGAGAGUGACGAAGACGGCGACAGUGAUAGUAGCGUCGGCGGCAGUGACAGUGAGAGAGGUUGAGAGCACUAUAUCUGUAUGUAUAAAAAUGAUGUGAAAUUUAUAGGAAAGUACAAUUCUCAGUACUUGUCAACAUAAGCGGAAACUGUUUUGAAGGAAUAUAACAAAUAAUUUUAGAAAUGUGUAGAAGAAACAGUAAUGUUGUUUGAAUACCUGCUGUAAUAAUCUGCAAUAAUGUUUGAUUCUUGUUGUAACAACAAUGGAUUCACAAUGAAACAAAUUUUUUAAAUGAUAAAAUGGCUACACAGAUCAGGUAGCAAUUCAUAAAUAGCACUGACAAUGAUUUUUGCAGUAAGUCGAAUUUAAAAACUUCUUUGUUUUUAUAAACCUGGGAAACAAUAAUAAAUGAGGACUGCUACCUUGUUAUUUUAAGUGUUAAUUAUAUUUAUCAGGAUACUGCUAGAUACCAUUUUUAAAUAUUAAAUUUCAUUUGGAGGAACCACUUUGUGAUUAAAAUACACGACAGACUCUUUUACGAAUGAACCACACAUCACUAGUGUAAUACUGUACAGCAUUUAUUAUUUGUUACACAAACCAAUUUUUGGCUGAUAAGUCACUGUCGGGUAUGAAGAUAAGUAAGUGGUAAAGUGAAAUUGGUUGGAUCAAAGAUUUUGAAGUAGUGCAUCUAAAGAGAAUUUCUGUUUCCAGAGGUGAAAAAAAAUUAAUGUUACAAGAAGGAACAAAUAAAGGAUUAUUUCAGUGUAAA